AUGAAGGAGCAUGUCGCGCAGUUCGAAGUAUUUGCUGUACCAGACACCAAAGAUUCAGAGCUGCUGGUGAUGCCAGUGAGCCCACAGGACAGCCAGGGCCGGACAGACAGAAUGUUCAUUGAAGAUGCCAACCCACAACACCCACGUCGCCGCCAUGAAUUCUUUCUGCGUUGUCGACCCUACAGGGGGGAGCUGCCGACGGUGGCAGGAUUUCUCCUCUACCCAGACACUCCUGCUAAGAUGGAGACCACGUCACGGGAGGCUUUCUGCUUCAGGCCCAUCCCACAACAAGACAGGGUCAAAGGAGACCAUAUCGCCCAGAACACGCAGCAGGAGCCCCACUGUCCUCAGCCCACAUCCUCGAGACAAACAGGAAGAGGAAACGGCAGCUGCAGGGAGAGGAAACCAGAGGAAGACGAGCAAGAAGACAGACAUGAUCAGACAGCGUCCACAGCAGUAAAAAAUGAACGAGAUACAACAGAGAUGCUGUCUCAGUAUCAGAAGGAUUUCCCUCCCCCGUCCUCCUGCCGCAGGAGGCGAACACCCGCCCUCCCCCAGCUGGACAACAUCGGCAUCAACCCUGCCUUCAGGAUCGAGUUUAACACAGUCCAACGAGAGACUUACCCUGGUUGGCCCGUUCUGAAUCCCAGCAGGCUGAGAGCGACCUUGUCCAGACGACCAAACCUGAACUCUGAGAAUUAGUCUUUAACGUAUGUAAGAAAUCAGUUUAGUAUGUGCACUUCAGCAAUAAGUGACAAAACUGUUGCCUCAGACUCUCUUGUGAUAUGCCUUAUUUAACCAUUUGAUGUUAUUCUAGUAGAAUUCCACAUUUAUAUUGCUAUAAAUCCCAGUUUGUUCCUGCGAUGAUAAAAUCAUAAAAUACAAAGCACAGUAAUAAACAGGAUUUCAUAAACCAGUGUUAGAGGUUUUUUAUGAGACAUGGGUGUGUCUUUGCAUC